AUGUGUGACUACGAGCACGAGUACUCCUUCACGUUUGAUGAGAGCACGCUGGAAAAUGAGCUCAAUGGUCGCCCGUGGGACUGCGGAUUCGAGAGCAUGUGGCAGCGCAUUGGUGAGGAGCUGCGGCGGGAACAGGAGAUCAACGAGCUGGAUCACAUAUUUCAGGAGAAGCUUAACCUGCAAUGCUGCUCGCAAAUGGACUCGUGGAUGUAG